UGUUAGUGCGAGCUAAAGCUUUGACGUGAUCGCUUGUAGAUACAAUACUAAGUGCCAAUAAGCGAUUGCUCCAAAUGGAUAAAUGUAUGCAUCUAUGUAUAUAUGUAUACGCAUACACGAAGUUGAACGAAAAAUGGUUUCAUCAGCUGAUCACGGAAACCACAUAAGCAGCCUCCUUCCAAAAUUUUGGCACAUACGUGCAUAUACAAAUGUAUAUAUGCUUUUCCUGCCUUCAAAAUCACAACCAACUAGCACUCAAAGCCUUGCCAUGAUAAACGACUGAACGAAAGAAUGAUUGCAACAAGAGUGUCUUGGCAUGGCCGAAAAGAGCUACGAGUAUUGCCAGUAGAUGCUGUUGCAAUAAUGAAAACAACCACAACAGAAUGUGAAGAGUAAUGGGACAUGCAACCAGCUGGAGUAGUAGAAACAACAAUGUCAGAUAAAAAACAAGAAAAAAUUUAGUGAAAAAAUUGCUUACCAUGAAAGUUUUCAAAAAAGAAGAAGACUAAGAAAGUUGCAACAAUAUUUCAGUGACCUUAAAAUGAAAAACAAAAAACAUACUGUAUAUGCUAGUGUGUGAGUGUGUGUGUUCUACGCUUGUUGCAUAAGAGGACUCGAGCCGCAAGUGUUCCGGCCAUGUUGAGGGUUUUUGGUUUGCUUGUGCUCUUCCACUUCAUACACUUCAUUCAAAUGGAUAAUUUCUGGCCAACAGCUGUGCUCUACAGUUACUACAUACAUAUUCAUUAUAUAUAUAUAUAUGUGUUAAAUUUAUACGCAUACCAAAUGCAAGUUUGUAAACGCACGGUUUGGUAAAUGCAAACAAGUGUGUAAAAGUAGCGGAACAUGUAAGAAGAAAAAGAAACACAAUGGUAAAUAAAACCGUUAAGAGCAUGUGGACGUAGAAGAAGGCCAUUGACUUUGCUUUUUAACAUAGAAAAUGAGCGGAACAAUGCGUUAGGGUUGUUAGUACAUAAAUACAUAUUAACAACACACAAACAGCCUUAAUUGAAAACAAAAAUUUAAAUACACACACAUACAUGCAUGAGCAUGUCUAAAAAACACACACAGUUAAUAUGUAGUAGUGAAGCGCUCACACUCCUGCACAGGCGAGAGACACAUGCAUUAGUGUUGGUAAAUUUAAAAAUAAAAAUAUUAAACAAAACUUGAAAAACAGAAAACUGUUUUACUGGGAAGAGAGUAUGUCCUGAGCUGUGCACAGAUUAUUUGGACCCAGCCAGCCGUGCGCAUUGUGUGAGAAAAAUAUAGCAAAAAGAGCGACGACCUAUUAGAUUAAACAUAAAAAUAUAAAAAUUUUCUUAUUAAAAUACCGAAAUACAGGUGUGCAAUAUUCAUUAUAGUUCGUGAAAACUUUCAAAACUAAACAUUAAGCAUGCAUGUGGUGUGCAAUUUCACAUAUAAUAGCUAUUAGUGUAGUUGUUUAUAAUUAAAAUACAAACGUAUAAACAUCUAUCAACAUUACUUAAAAGUGUGAAUAGUGCGAAAUUAAAAAAAAAAAAAAACAUAAAAAUUCAUUUCACAGUAAAUUUGAAAAAAAAAAAAUAAAUAAUAUUUUAGCAAAAACAAAUUAAAAAUUUCACGUAUAUUUAUUUUGCAUAAAAAAUUUUGAAAUAAUAUUAAUUAAAUAAAUAAUAAAAUAUGCCAAAGUAAUUAAUGUAAUAUAUGUGUAUGCACGAAUGUGCCAUAAAAAAGGCCGUUGGGUGUUUGUGAAAAGCUUGGUAAGCAAAAGCGAAGGGAAAUUGUGCAAAAAAAAAUUGUGGAUUGACGAGAAAAAAAUUCUAAAAGCAAAAAAGAAUGAAAAUAAAUGCGAAAAAAUCGAUUGGGUGGAAAACGAAUUGAACAAAUUGCAGCUGUUGGCAUUUAGAGGAAAAUAAAAAUAAUUGCGUUUAACUGAAAAAAAAAACAUAUAUAACUGUAACUUAUUAAGUUUUAAAAUUAAAAUAAAAAGUACGAAAGUACGAAAAAAAAGAAAAGUACGAAUCCAUUAGUAUUACUUACAUUUAAAAAGUCAUAUGCAUAUUAAGUAUAAUAAAAAUUAUUAUUAUUAUCUGGGUGUAAAAUAAUUAUAAAACUCAAUAUUAAAAUAUUAAACCAUAGUAAAAAAAAAAGAAAUAAGAAAUAAAUAACCGAAAAAUCUCAGUGUAAUUAAACCAAUUUAUUGAAUGCGGUAAAAGUCUUACAAAAAGCCAUAUAAAAUAUAAGCGCACGUUUUUCAAUUGAAAUGAAAAAUUAAACCUAGUCGAAAAAUCAAUUUAAAUGGCAUUUUUUCUCUGAAAUUCAAUUAAGUGUAAAAAGAGAUUGUUAAAAAAAAAAAUAAAAUUAAAAAAAUAUAAAAAUAAUAGCAUAAGCAGUGAAAUUAUAUAAAACUCUCAAUACUCUUGAUAAAGCACUCAAGUUUACAUUUUCAAAAUGUCUGAGACACAAGACAACAAUGGCGAUCAACAGCAGCCGCUGCAGGAUGAAGCUGGUGGCAGUGAGAAUAAAAUGAAAUCACGCCUACGUAAGGGCGCUUUAAAAAAGAAAAAUGUAUUUGCGGUGAAGGAUCAUUGCUUCAUACCACGUUUCUUCAAGCAGCCAACAUUCUGUUCGCAUUGCAAGGAUUUCAUAUGUGGUUAUCAAGUGGGCUAUCGAUGGAUGGGUUUUGGCAAACAAGGAUUUCAGUGUCAAGUUUGCUCGUAUGUGGUGCACAAGCGUUGUCAUGAAUAUGUGACGUUCAUAUGUCCGGGCAAGGAUAAGGGAAUCGAUUCCGAUUCACCACAAACAGUACAUCACUUCGAACCAUUCACAUUUGGUGGGCCGACUUUUUGCGAUCACUGUGGCUCACUGCUCUAUGGCAUCUAUCAUCAGGGUCUCAAAUGUUCAGCAUGUGACAUGAACGUACAUGCCCGCUGCAAGGAGAAUGUUCCGAGCUUAUGCGGUUGUGAUCAUACUGAACGUCGUGGACGCAUCAAUUUGGAAUUGAAUGUGAAAGAGAAUUUACUGACGGUGCAAAUCAAAGAGGGUCGAAAUCUCAUUCCAAUGGAUCCAAAUGGACUUAGUGAUCCAUACGUUAAGGUCAAACUAAUUCCAGAUGAGCAUGAAAAGUCAAAGAAGAAGACGCGCACCAUUAAGGCAUGUCUGAAUCCCGUUUGGAAUGAGACCAUCAAAUAUGAUCUUAAACCGGAAGACAAAGAUCGCCGUGUACUCAUCGAGGUCUGGGAUUGGGAUCGUACAUCGCGUAAUGACUUUAUGGGUGCUCUAUCUUUUGGCAUUUCCGAAAUUAUUAAGAAUCCCGCGGAUGGUUGGUUCAAAUUACUCACACAGGAGGAGGGCGAAUACUAUAAUGUACCAUGCGCUGAUGCUACACAGGAUCUACUUAAACUCAAGAGUCAAAUGCGGAAAUCAUCACAAAAGAAACCGUUGGUAAUGCGCAGCGAUACAAAUUCACAGAGUCAAUCCAAAAAGGAUAUGAUACGUGCUACGGAUUUCAAUUUUAUUAAAGUACUCGGCAAAGGGUCAUUUGGCAAGGUCAUGCUGGCCGAACGUAAAGGCUCCGAAGAACUUUAUGCCAUUAAAAUACUCAAAAAAGAUGUCAUCAUACAGGAUGAUGAUGUGGAGUGUACAAUGAUUGAGAAACGCGUAUUGGCAUUGGGCGAAAAACCACCAUUCCUAGUACAGCUGCACUCAUGCUUCCAAACACUAGACCGUCUUUUCUUUGUCAUGGAGUAUGUCAAUGGCGGCGAUUUAAUGUUUCAAAUACAACAAUUCGGAAAAUUCAAAGAGCCCGUAGCUGUUUUCUACGCAGCCGAAAUUGCCGCCGGUUUAUUCUUUCUUCAUAGUAAAGGCAUUCUAUAUCGUGAUUUGAAAUUGGACAAUGUACUAUUAGAUGCCGAUGGUCAUGUUAAAAUUGCCGACUUUGGCAUGUGUAAGGAGAAUAUUUUUGGCGAUAAGACAACAAAGACAUUUUGCGGCACACCCGACUACAUAGCACCCGAGAUCAUUCUCUAUCAACCCUAUGGCAAAUCGGUAGAUUGGUGGGCCUACGGCGUUUUACUCUACGAAAUGCUUGUCGGCCAACCACCUUUUGAUGGGGAAGAUGAAGAGGAAUUAUUUGCUGCUAUCACAGAUCACAAUGUCUCCUAUCCGAAGAGUUUAAGCAAGGAGGCCAAAGAGGCGUGCAAAGGGUUCCUCACCAAACAGCCCAACAAACGGCUCGGUUGCGGAGCUACCGGUGAAGCAGAUGUGCGUAUACAUCCAUUCUUUCGACGCAUAGAUUGGGAGAAAAUCGAGAAUCGUGAAGUGCAGCCACCUUUUAAGCCGAAAAUUAAACAUCGCAAAGAUGUUUCGAAUUUCGAUAAGCAAUUCACAUCGGAGAAAACGGAUUUGACACCAACGGAUAAAGUAUUUAUGAUGAAUUUGGAUCAAACGGAAUUUGUGGGCUUCUCCUACGUAAAUCCAGAAUAUACAGUGCCCGUUUAAGUAUAGUGAAUAUAAACACAUUUACACAGAAGUUAUGUGUGUGAGUGAAGGCGGUGUGCUAGGAAAAGGUUGGAGAGAGAGUUUCUUAGUUGGGUUGUAAAGAUGCAAUGGCAGCAAGUAAGUGAAGUGGGAAAACAAGCACCAACGUAUUGUUAUGUGGUUAGUUGUAUGUGUACAAUAUAUGCACUCGUGAAUUUGUCGAUGGUGUGAGUUUUUUGCAAACACACUGUACAAAGGUCUGAAAAGCGUGCCAUUAUAAGAAUUUUAAGCAAAAUUU